GCAGGCGCCGCUCGGUAUCGGCGCGCCGGCGCUCGGCACAUCGAUUGCUGCGGGAGCAGCUGGGCUGCCUGCGCCGCGUCCCUGCGGAGCGGAGCGGGACGGGCCGGCCGCCAUCUCGGCGGGAGGAGGCAAGUCAGCAGCUGCCCCGGAGGAUGGACAUCAGGCCGAACCACACCAUCUACAUCAACAACAUCAAUGACAAGAUUAAGAAAGAAGAACUGAAGAGGUCCUUGUAUGCGUUAUUCUCACAGUUUGGUCAUGUGGUCGACAUUGUGGCUUUAAAGACUAUGAAGAUGAGAGGACAAGCUUUUGUUAUAUUUAAAGAACUUGGAUCGUCUACCAAUGCUCUGAGACAACUACAAGGCUUUCCAUUCUAUGGGAAACCAAUGCGUAUUCAGUAUGCAAAAACGGACUCUGACAUCAUCUCUAAAAUGCGUGGUACUUUUGCUGAUAAGGAAAAAAGGAAGGAAAAGAAGAAAGCCAAAUCUCUGGAGCAGUCAGCAAAUGCGGCAAAUAAAAAGAUUAUCCAGGGAGCAACACAAAAUUCAGCCAGUGCCCCAGGGACUGCAGCACAGAAUCAGCAGGUGCCUGAUAACCCACCAAACUAUAUCCUUUUCCUUAAUAACUUGCCUGAGGAAACAAAUGAGAUGAUGCUGUCCAUGUUAUUCAAUCAGUUUCCUGGAUUCAAAGAAGUACGCUUAGUGCCUGGGCGUCAUGACAUUGCAUUUGUGGAGUUUGAAAAUGAGAAUCAAGCAGGAGCUGCUCGAGAUGCUCUCCAGGGAUUCAAGAUUACUCCAUCUCAUGCCAUGAAAAUCACUUACGCGAAGAAAUAACCGGGUGCUCCUAUAAGGGACUUCUGUGGAUAGUUGGUUUUUUAAUAUGAUGAUACUUUGAUCAACUAGCCUGUUUGCUGUUUUCUGCAGAAAACUUAAGACUUGUGUAAAAUUCCCACAGCGGCCAGGACAGAUGUAGGAUUUCUGUGGAUCACCUGGAUAGUAAAUGUUACUGUUGAAAUACUAACUUUUUUAUAAAAUAAAUUCAGUUUAUACUGUUUUCAGGC